AUGGACGCAUACUCUGGCUACAAUCAGAUCAGAAUGAGUCCCGAUGACGAGGAGAAAAUAGCAUUUAUCACCGAUUGGGGACUUUAUUGCUACAAAGCAAUGCCAUUCGGCCUCAAGCAUGCAGGAGCAACGUACCAGCGCUUGGUCAACCGAAUGUUCAAAAACCAGAUCGGGAGAAACAUGGAAGUCUACGUUGACGAUCUUCGGGUUAAAAGCAAGAAGUCUGAACAGCAUCUUGAUGACCUCCAGGAAGCCUUUGUAGUACUGAGAAAAUACAAAAUGAAGCUCAACCCACAAAAAUGUGCUUUUGGAGUCGAAUUAGGAAAAUUCUUGGGUUUCAUGGUCUCAAGAAAUGGUCGUCAUGCCCCAGGGCAAGCCCUGACAGGUCUACGUUGCGGUUUGUCCUGCCGAUCCGGUGGAGGAGUAGGAGUGCAUAUAAUAAUAAGCUUAGGAGAAAAACUUGAUUACGCACUCAAGCUCGGAUUCAAAGUCACCAAUAAUGAAGCCGAGUAUGAGGCACUCUUGUCGGGUCUAACAAUUUCCAGGUCUUUGGGUGCAAUUGAAGUUGAAGUAAAAGCUGACUCUCAGAUUGUGGUGGGGCAGAUUCUGAGAGGAGAGAACCAAGAAGUGGAUCGGCUAGCCAAAACUACCUUGGGGCAUGAAGAAGUUUCACUUCUAGAUCAUGUGGUGAUUCGAACCAUUGACGUAGCAGCAGUAGGAAUUCGGGUGUCAGCUAUCGAGGUCCUACAACCCCCAGCAUGA